GUCGAAGUCUUCUAACGCUAACUUGUGGUGGAUUUCACUGCCAAAUCCUUCCAGCAUGAGUACAAGCACACUAAUAGAGGUGUUUGGUCACAUGGUAGUCAGUUUUACGAAAGGUGUGAUAGCGUUUUACAACCCAGAUGAACCAGAGUUCGCGACAGAGUCCUUGGGCUACCAUCCAUUAGAAAGUACAGGUCGAGAGUGGAACUAUCAUCCCUUGGAUGAGUUCAUUUAUCAAGAAUACAGCGACAGAGGGCACACACCUGGCUCCUCUUAUAUGCCGUCAAGAAAUAUUGCUGUAAGAGUUAUAGACGCUUGCUCACCCCAAGAAAAGGAAGAAACACGAGGCGAACAGCGAAGAGAUGACAGAGCAAUGGCUUGGAAGAGUUUCAGACCUUCCACUUGUCACACAAUUUGGAAAUCACUGUAUACUGGAACUUUGAUUUCAUUACUAACUGCAACAAUCAUCGGCUCUCUAUUCUCGUCGUUCACUUAUCUCUCUUACGAAACUGUACUCGACUGUCCGUUCCACUCCAUUGAGUCAAUUCCGUCACAGAUACAAUGGAUGAAAUGUAUAUCCGGGAUCUUAUCUUCUGCCUUUGUAUACAUGUGGUUCCCUGUGAGUAUGUUACUUCUAUUUCGUCCUUACCAGUUAAUCGGUGUGAAAAUGAAACUGGCGCUUGCUGCUUUCUCAGUGUAUUGCUUGGAUACCCUUUAUCGUGUUGGACUACAGGCCUUUGAAGUUUUACAGUCCAAGGCAUUCACAUCACCGAAACUUCCGCUCAACUUUCUGUUUCUUCUUAGUGUAUGUUUGCAAGUUUAUCUUGUAACGAGCCACUUCUCGGUCAGCCUUUCGAGGAGGCAACGAGUUUAUUUAUUCUUACAACUGAUUCUUCCAAGCUGUUUCAGUUACAUUGUUACUUUCAUUACAAUUUACACAAUUUACCCGGCAUACAAUAAACAAAAAAAUGAAGGUAAAUUACUGAUUGCCAUCCUCGCUCCUCUGGUUGGAUUUGUACUCAAAGUAAUUUGUAGGAUUUCUGUUCAGCGGCUAAGGAACGUUACACAUCCGGGAUAUUCAUACGUAUUACUGGCGCCGCUGUUCUUCGGAUCAGCGAUUGUGUUUCGAGUUUUACAAGCAGAUCUAGACAGUUUGCGAUCUAUGGCUAUUCUUGGAGUAGUUCAUGGAAUUGCGGAGGUCUUAGAACGAAGCUUUAUGGUCAUUAUUGAUCACUACGGCCAUGUUAUUUGGAAAAGAACGUCAGCGCCUUGGGGAAGUUUUCGCACUCCUCGCCGUGAGAGACUAAUGGCUGAUAUCGCCAUUAUGAGCAUGUUGUAUGAAUCAAUUGGUAUAGUGUCUGUCAACGGCGUUUUAUACUUAUAUGAAGCUAUUUACCUACAUAGUGAUCCCUUUGUAAAAUUGCUUCAGUCGUUCGCCAUCCGAACUUCAAUUUUAUUGGUGAUUGAGUGGUUUUUCACCAGCAUGUCUCUAGCGAUCGUGAUUCACUAUCAGAACAUGGCCGUCGUGGCUGUUUGGCGAAAAAGAUGGAGGAGACACACAUUUGUUGCAGUUGUCUGCGCGGUUCCCUUAGCAUUAUGGACAAGUGGGUAUCUCUUAGAGAUUUUGCAUGGGCGUUUCAAAGACACUGACCAGCCUUGCAGAACGCCGUUCACUUAAGAGUAAUAAAGAAUGCAUGUUCCACUGAUGACUUACGUAUCUUUUGCUAAUCCCCGAGGUUAAUCUGAUAUCAUGAAGCAUCUUUGCAUUUUCUUCACCGGUAAUGGUUUAUCUUCAACUGCAACUGGAAACUACACGUGUCUGUUCAGUUUCCGUCAGAUUGAUCCCAUGUACUUGGUAUCACUCAUUAAUUCAUUCAGAGAUUUCUAAAAAUGUAGUAUGUUAACGACACUUAAAAAGCGAAGAAAGCCAAACCAAAUAAUCAGUUACUCGAUACGAUAAAAAAUUAUGAUUUUGAAAUAUAAAUCUGUUGUUCCCUUGUUUUCGUAUAGUUAACCAAAUACGCUCAACACUGUCUCAACAUUGUAUGAACCAAAAGUACGUUUAGUCGAUAAGUCUAAAUUGUCUUAUUUGUAAAAGACAUUUUCACCAAACGGUUUUUUCCAAGGCAGAUUUAGGGUACAAUCUCCGUCAACACAAUAUCAUUGGCCGUUUAUUCAAAGCUUAUACUGUUAACAUAAUGCAAAUAACUUUGAUGAUGAUAAAUUUUUUGUAACAUGUUCUGCAUUUAAGUGUACACAUUAAAUGUGGUCCUGU